CGAGUGUGCACUGAAGAGUGGAUUGGAAGUGAGCCCGAGGCAGUGAAUGAAGCAGGUGAAGAGGGAGGAGCUUUGUACAUAUCAAGUGUGUGGUUAAAGAGCUGCUGUGAAUUGUUCGACACUGUUUCGGAAUGAAAGUGCUCACAAAUGUCGCGGUGUGGAGCUCAUUCACCUCAGGUUUCUCUGUGACUGCUGAAGGAUCAUCAUGAGACACUUUACCAGCCUGCUGAUGUUAUGGAUUUGGGCCUGGAGCUCGAGCGGGAGCCGAACGGAGCGAGACAUUGUGUGCAGGGACGGCAUGGGGUACGAAUCCAACGACAUCUGCUGCCUCAACUGUCCAGCUGGUACUUUUGUCAAAGAGGCGUGCAGCACAGCGUUUGAGAGAGGUGUGUGUCAGCAGUGCGACUUUGACACCUACACCGAGCAUGAUAAUGGACUUCUCAAGUGUUUGAUGUGUACCAAGUGUCGCCCAGAUCAGGAGCUUGUGGAGCGAUGCAACAGCACCAGAAACACACGCUGCCAGUGUAAAGCAGGUUCCUUCUGUCUGCCAGAUCAAGCCUGUGAGGUCUGCAAGAUUUGCAGGAAAUGUAAAGAAGACGAGGAGAUGGUGGAGAGCUGCACAGCCCACUCAAACACCAUCUGCCGAAAAACAGGCUCCAUCUCCUCUAGCACAUCGACAGUGGUAGUCUCGAUGGUUGUCGUGGCCUUCUUCAUGAUAAUCGUGAUCAUCGGGUGUGUCCUGUACCGGAGAACAUCAGCUCAAUUGGCGUCAAGAUGGCCGAGAGGAAUGUUGAAAACAUGCAUAGAAAAUGGCAGUGAUUUGGUGGAGGCAAAGCAGAACGCUGUGAACGGCACGCUGGAGGAAGGAGCACAGAUCCUGACUCAGCCGGUGGGUGAAGACAUGGCAGAGGAUGAGGAGGAUAAAGGGCUCGGCCCAAGCCUCCCCAACACCACGGCUUCGUCUCAGACCAGCCUGCCUGUGUGCACACUGACAAGCGAGUACUGCCUCAGCCGCUCACUGCCUCAGCCGCUUAACACUCUGGAAAUUGAAAAACUACGAAGGCUCGUUCCUUUAAACGGAGAUGAAUCUCUGAGGAAAAGCUUCGACCUGUUCGGAGAGAUAGACCUGAACUACCACAACCGCUUCUUCAGGCUCCUAGGCCUGAGCGACAACGCCAUAAGGUCCGCCGAGGUGUCUUGUUCUUCACCCGAGGACAGAGUGUACGAGCUGCUGAAGAUCUGGAUGGAGAAAGAAGGCAUGAAGGCCAAUUUUAAGAGCCUCAUCGAGGCCCUGCUUAGUCUGAACCAGAGGCUGUCUGCAGAAAACAUCGUGGCAAGAGCCGUCGAUUGUGGCUACUUCAGCUAUGAAGAAGACUGAAAACAAGCACAAGAUCUACUGCAGUGCUUUAUUGUGUAUGAAUUUUUAAUGUAAAUAUAUUUGAUGGAAUUGUUUUGUAUUUUUUUCCCCUACUCAGGCACUGUUGGGAGAAAAAUGGACUAAGCCAUUGGAGUGUUAUUUAUUAUUUUUGUACUAUAUCAUCUAAAUAUAUAUGAAUGUAAGAAUUUUGUAAAACUGUAAAAAAAAAAUUUUUUGGCCCUUUAAAUAAUGUGAAGUGUUGAUUGGUUGAUUUUCAUGUUCCAUUUGUUACUUUUUUGUUACUUAAUAUUAAAUUUCCAAGUAUUUGUGUUUUUGUAUCUUUUUUUUUGUGUUAUUACACACUAUUUGUGUUUUUGUAUCUUGUAUCUAUAAAACAAGACAUGAAAAUUUAUUGUA